AAUCAAUACAUUAAAGCCGGUUGGAGCGUUUCAAGAAAGUUUUAAGAAUUUAAAAAAAGUUGAAAAGAAGAUGGAAGAAAAUGUCUCGGCCCUAUAGCGCCGUACAAGCAACUGGACAACGUUCCACUUACAGCAUUAGACGCACAGAGUCCAAUCCCCAACUGUAUGAAGAGAGAAAACCUCUAAAAGUUCUCAAUUUAGGAAUUCAAUUCACACCUCCGCUCUCAAAUGGAGUACGACCGCACGGAGGUCACCGAGGGACAAGAGGCUCUCCGCCUAGCCGAUAUUCUGUAAAUAAAGAUUCCGACUAUCAUCAUCGUUUAAAACUAAUGAAGGAAGCUGAACGCGUUUCACCGCCAAGCCCGCCACCAUCAACUCCAGCUCGUCCGUCCACUAGUCCAGCCUGGGCCUUAAGAGUUGUUAGGGAGCAUAGUAAAGCAGCUGAAUCUCCUUUAUUUACAAAAGGACUAUUAUCGCCAAAAGCUACUGAUACGCAACCUGUUAAACAAACAAGGGGAUUUUCUCCAUCGACAAAACGACAAUAUUAUAGACCGAAUACCGCUCACGAAUAUCUCCCAGCAAGCGGCAAUGGUAAUAAAGAAAACGACCAUCUUGGAAGACCAACAAGAACAACCACCUUCGACACCUCGGAUGGCGAAAGCAUGCAUGCAUUCCUUAUUGGUGCAAGAUAUAACAGGGCUCAUUUUGUCGACUUUAAAAGUUUCUCUCAUCAUGGCGUUUAUAUGCCAAGAGAUAAUCCACAGAGUUGUUUCGUCCAUAGACCAAAGUCUGCUGUUUCCCUUAGAACGGAGAAACGGUCGGAAGCCCCACCGUCAAGUCCUUGUGAAAUCAGUACAUCCAACUCGCAAUAUUCCUCACCGCCUACUCCUUCACCGCCAUCACCUAUUCCUCUUCAUCGGGAAAAUGGUAUAUCACCUCCCCCUUCUACGCCCCGUUUCGAUGAGGAUCAAAAGGUAAAAAACUUUAACCCAACGGUUGAAAAGCUAUCAAGGUCAGAAAGUGCCCCCGCCAAGAGUCCUGAGCCAUUAGAUAAUCUCAUUGUUAUGAACAAGGGAUUGAACGUGAUAGGUCGGCCUUUUAAGGGAACAACUGCUACGAACAUUUCCAUACCAGGUUCUCAGCCUUUUUUAGAGGAGACUGCCGUGCCAGAAAUUACCACCAGCGUUAGACAAAACGUUCAUUUGGCACGGCAAUCAAGCAAGACCGAAUCACCUAGAUUAAAGAAUAUCGAGUUAGAUGCUUUACAAGUAGUCGGCAUCAGUAAAUCACCAAUCAACGUCCCGACCACCGCGGAGUAUAUUGAACUAGAGACUAAUACAGUCAGAACUCAAAAUCGAUUGGACAAUAAUCCCUCUAAGUCUAAAUCUGAAAACGUCUUGUUUUUUGUCACUGAAACAACGGACGAAAAUGCUGAAAAGGACAAAUCUACUUUAGCUAUAGAAGGAGUUGUUGUUCAAUCUAGGCCUAAAAGACAGACAAUGGGGUUGACGCACUCUUCUCUUGAUAGGAAAGAGGAUGAAAAAAUUGAACCAGUUAGUAGAGAACGAAAAGAAAAACAAGAAAACGAUGGAAUAGGCGAACAGACGCAAAAUGGAUUAGAUACAUUAACAAAGGAUCAAGUAACAUUCGUAAAAGAAGAUACCCCUUCAGUUCACGAACAAACAGAAUCGAUUGGCGACGAAACAGAGGCGGAUGUGAUAAGUGUACGAAUCUCUCAUAAAGACAAUUCAACCUUUUAA